AUGGGAAACGCCACGCCGGUGACCAGCCCUCUGCCAGGGGCCCUGUCGACUGGCGUACCUCCCCAGAACUGCACGGUGCCCUUCAACGACAGCAGGGUGUUCCUGGUGACUGUGUACAGCACCGUGUGCACGCUGGGCCUGCCAGCCAACUGCCUGACGGCCUGGUUGACGCUGCUGCAGGCGCGCCAGGGCCACGUGCUGGCCGUCUACCUCUUCUGCCUGGCGCUGUGCGAGCUGCUCUACAUCAGCACGCUGCCGCUCUGGGUCGUCUACAUCCAGAACGGGCACCGCUGGCCCCUGGGCCCGCGGGCCUGCAAGGUGACUGCCUACGUUUUUUUCUGCAACCUCUACGUCAGCAUCCUCUUCCUGUGCUGCAUCUCCUGCGACCGCUUCCUGGCAGUGGUGUACGCGCUGGAGACACGAGGCCGCCGCCACCGGAAGACCGCCAUCCUCGUCUCCGUGUCUGUCUUCGUUCUCGUGGGGCUCGUCCACUACCCGGUGUUUCAGAUGGAGGAGAAGGAAACCUGCUUCGAGACGCUGCCGAUGGACCGCGAGAUCGCCGGGUACUACUACACGCGCUUCGCCGUGGGCUUCGCGGUCCCUCUGUCCGUCAUCGCCUUCACCAACCAGCGCAUCUUCAGGAGCAUCAAGCUGAGCACCAGCUUGAGUGCCGCCCAGAAGGCCAAGGUGAAGCGCCUGGCCAUCGCGGUCGUGACCAUCUUCCUGUUCUGCUUCGCUCCCUACCACCUGGUGCUCCUGGGCAAAGCCAUAGCCUUUUCCUACUACAAAGGAGACACGGGCCCUAUGUGCGCCUUCGAAAUCAACCUGUACACGGUCUCUGUGGUGUUCCUGAGCCUGGCCACGGUGAACAGCGUGGCUGACCCCAUCAUAUAUGUGCUGGCCACGGAAGUUUCACGCCAAGAAGUGUCCAGAAUCCACAGGGGGUGGAAAAAGUGGUCCAUGAAGACAGACGUCGCCAAGCUCACGUAUUCGAAGGAUUCAGAGGAGGCACGAUCGCCCACAUAG